ACUGAGCGGCGUUCUCCGGACACGUGUGUCGCGUUCGGGGAAUUUGCCGCCGUGAAACUGCUCGGAAACGAUGAGUGAGCUUUUCUUGAAACGCAGAUUUCGUUCUUUAACAGCUAUUCCUGGUGCGUGCGUAUUCAGAGAGCUUAGGGCCAAUUUAUGAUAGUUAUAAAACGGGCUAGCAGGAUCGAUGGACCAGCGUGAGCAGCUCCAGGAGCUGAGCCCCAGUUCCUUUCCUGCCGGAGUUUCCCUGGCUGUGUUCCAUGAUGAGUUUCCGCCAUGCUCGGUUUCGUGAGCGAGUUUGAGUGACGCGUGUGUAAAAGACAGCACGGAACUAAAUACGUGCGAGAGCUGAGCUCCCACCGACAGCCUGCGUGGAUUCCCUGUUUGUCAAGGAGGGGCACGGGUUGAUUAUCUCCCCCCACGCAGUGGCCAAGUGAUGUUUUCAAUGCUGCUGCUCAGGAAGCUGGCUGGAAAAGAAUCUCAGCACAGCUCACUGUUCUGAGCCCAGAGAGUGAAAAUGAUGGCAAGAUUCCCCGUGCUGCAUACCCUGUGGAUCCUUCUCUUUUCAUAUGCAACAAUGGAAGUUAUGGCUACAGAACACAUACAGGAAUUUGCAUGCUUUACUGACUAUGCCGAAAAGCUGAUUUGUCACUGGAAGGUGCCUGCACAGCUGAACUGCUCCCAAGAGUUCCUGCUCUACUACAGGAAGGAAUUUUUUCCUCCCGAAAAUGUGUGUGUCCCUGAGAACGGAGAAGAGAGUUUUAUGUGCACUUGCACAAUAUAUCCUGAUUAUUUUGUAUCUGGUCUCACCUAUAUCCUAGCUCUACAGUUCAAUGGCACCAAUAUGUGGAAUUCCAGUGUUACACCAGCCCAAGUUGUUAAGCCCAGGCCUCCCAAAAAUCUUGCUGUUGAGAAAGCUGAAAAUGGUAAUUUCAAUUUGAGCUGGGAGGAGAGCUAUGCUGCUUCAUCCAUGCUUUUUGGACAGCCAGUCAUCUAUGAAGUAAAAUACUGGAGCAAGCAGCGCCCAGAAGAGGUUACUGUGACAUCAAUUAACUACCAGGCCAAAAGCUUUGAAAUUACUGCAAGCUCCUUGCAGAGAGGCUAUGAUUACAUCGCAAGUAUACGGUGUAACUAUACAGAUUACCCAGUCUACUGGAGUGACUGGAGUGAUGGAGUUGAAUUUCACUGUGAUUAUCAAGUGACAUCUGAAGACAUUCUGCACAUGGCUGUUCCUAUAUCUUGCAUCCUGAUCAUGGGAGUAGCUGUAACUUGCUAUUUCUGUUUUACCAAAAUGAAGAAAGAAUGGUGGGAUCAAAUCCCAAACCCUGCAAAGAGCCAUUUGGUUGUAAAAAAUGUCAAGUUUUCAGUCUUGAACUAUAUUGAUGAAAUGAAGUUCCCUUUCUAUGAUUCAAAGCCAAGUCAUGUGGAAAAGCAAAUCAGUUGCAAAAACUGUCAGGCUCAAAGUUUGUCAAGCCAGAACUUCAAGGAAAAAGAUAACAUCAGAAACAUUGAGAAAUCUUGCAGUUGCUGCAGCAAGCCUGGAGUGUGGUUUCCAAAAGGCAUUAAUGCAGUUUUAACCCCUGAGACUGUUCUUGUUGAAGAGUCUGUGGAAAUCUGUGAACGUUUAACAGACAUUGAGGCUGAGAACCAGGAAAAGACCAGUGACCAGAUCACCGUAUUUGAGCCUUGUGAGGGCAGUGUCAGCAUGCUGAGGGAGCACGCUGAACACAAUGAUGCACUAGCUAACAUGUUCAUGGAGCUCUUGGCAGAUGAAAAAAGCAUGCAAGAUGAUAAAGAUCCAGACAUCAUUACAAGUGAAAUCUUUCAGAAACUUGAGUCAGAAAAUCUUUCUCAAAAAAAUCUAGUAGAAAGUGCUGUCCAGAGUCAGCAGUCAGCUGGUUCUCAUAGAGACUCUCCUUUUACUGAAGCCUCUCAGGAUGAGUAUAAUUGCAGUACAACCAGCAGGAAGUCUGCACAAUCAGAAGAAUCCUUUGAAUCUGGCUAUCGGAGCUCCAGCACAAAUUCUGCUUCUCUGGAUGCAAGAGAUAGUCCCUGUAAGCUUCAACAAAGCCUUUUGACGUGCAGUUCUGAAAGUCAGCGUGACUCAUCUGUGCUUAUUUGGGAAUCUCUAAAUAAACCAGCCUUUGACAGAAUAAGCAGCUCAGCAUACAAGGGCUUUGACACCCUCAUAUCUCCUUCUAUGGAGCCCUGUGGCUCUGCAUACAAGAGCUUUCAUGCUGUAAUGUCUCCAUCUGUGGAGCCCUGUGGCUCUGCAUACAAAAGCUUUCAUGCUGUAAUGUCUCCAUGUGUGGAGCCCUGUGGCUCUGCAUACAAGAGCUUGGACACCCUUGCGUCUCCAUCUGUGGAGCCCUGUAGCUCUGCAUACAGGAGCUUUGAUGCCUUAAUGUCUCAGUCUGUGGCUAGCAGUAGUUUGAAUAUGCACUUUGAAAAUAUGUGCUUGUUGCCAUCUUUAACCCAAUCUUCAGAGGCACAUGUGAAUGAUGGAGUUCCAGCUUUCCUACCAGAGGAAGAAAUUCAUAAGCAGGCAGUGUAUCAAAAUCUUCAAAAGGAAGGCAGCGUGCUUGCUUGCCCUGCUGGACCUCAGCCAUCUGGUUAUAAGUCUUUUGAUGCUGCAGUUAAAUGUAGUGGUGCACACUUUGACAGUAGCAGUGAGUUUAUCUCAAAGUCACUGUACGAACCCUUAGUUCAUCUUUUGUACAACAGCCUGGAAGAAACACCUCCAUAUAACAUAACCCAUGAGCCUGAUGGCCGUGAGUGUUUGAUUGUACAGGACUUUGAUUCUGGCAUUGCCCCGGGUGCAGGCUCUCGUGAGAAAGUGUCAUGCAGUAGUGAUGACAGCCUUUCAAUUGUCAGCUCUCAUGAGCUGUUGAGUGAUAACAAAGAUGAAAACACCAGCAGAGACAAACAGCUGUUGCAUUUCUUGGAGCUGAACUGUCAAGAUUUUAAUGGAGAGAGAGCUAUAAAGGGAACAAAACAUAAUGACUUGAACUGUUGUGGUGAAGGAGUGCCAGGGGGCAGCAGUGACAGAAUAAGUACUGACUUCCAGUGUGCCCCAUGCAACCAUUUGAGGAUGUUUGGAAACUCAGAGGAAAAUAAAGAGGUGGCAAACAGGUGUAGUUGCUCAGCAGCAAACUUACCUGAUGAAUUGCUGGAUGGCAUGGGGCUAACUGUAAAAACUGCAGAAGAGCCUCUGGAGCUCUUGGUCUCAGACAAGUCAGCUGCUGUUUGUGCAGAUAACCCUCAUCUUUCUGAUUCUCGCACCACUCACAAUGAGAGUUCUGGACUGGCACCUGCAGUUAGAAAAAGAUCAUCAGAACUAUUAAUGGAAAACAACAGGAAGAAUGAGAAAAAAGUUGAAUUUCUACAGGUUCUUGCCCAGGAGGACAACUAUUACAUGAAGGUUGCCUAGCCAUAUUUACCAGGACAGCCAAACCAACCUUUGGAAAAAAAAAACUGUAAGGCAAACUGAUAAAGUGCUUUGUUAUUCCAAUCUUGCCUACAGUGAUGGUUACUACAAUUCAGACAUGGGUUUGCUGGGUUGUAAUGCUCAUGCUUGCUGCUGGACUGGCAGCUGGUACAUGAGGCAGACCCCUGGGUACAGAAGGGGCUAGCAGCUAACACACGGAGCUACUGCACACUUAAGGAGGCAAAGCCAGUGUUAAGGCUUCUCUGGUGGUGGUCGUUCUCUGCAAGUGAGCAGGAGAUGCAUCAAGUUGGCGUUCUUAUUCAGCACAUCUCCUGUGCUUGUUGCUCUGGUUCUGUAUGUUGCUUGGGAAGCAAGCGAGGUGAUUCAACAGUGCUGAUGCACCUGGAGGUGAGGUAGAAUCAUAGAAUGGUUUGGGUUGGAAGGGACCUUGAAGAGGAAGUGGCUGAUUUGUGCAGAUUGCGUUGCACGUUCAAAUAUUUGUUUGCUGGGGAUGUCCUGUGUCCGUGGCACCAGAAUGUGGUAUGUUUCUGUAUUUGCUCAAUUGAGAUAUGAAAUAAAUAUUACCAUCAUUUGGUCUAAAGAAAUUAUGUUAUUGAUGCUCAGUUUAUUAUUUUGGAAGUAAACAGAUAUUUUAUACUUACACUGUUGUAAAUAGAAUCGCAUGUUUCUAAAUUAGUUUCUCUGCAAGUUUACUGGUUUGUGGUUAGACUGUGUAAACUCAUGGAUUGUUCCUUCGCUGCUGCUUUUUGUCCAGUCACAAUGGAAACCAUGCCUGCUGCUUUUAAGCUCUGGUUGGGCAGCUAUUCCAGAAGUCAUACUCAUGAUUCUGAAUUUUGCUAGGGCAUUAUUAUGUAUUUUGGUACUGUAAUUUCCACCUCAGUAUGUUGGCAGCAGCAUAAAAUAAUUAAGGACUGUUAUUUUAUAUAUGUACCUAUUUAGAAAACCCUGUUGCCAAUCAUGAAGAGGGAAAGAUAACAGGUGGCUGCUACACAGGAACUCAUUUGACACAUUUUGUAAGAUUUGUGUCCAGCUACACUUCAAAUUCCAGGUUGGCUCAGCAGCAGAGGUGUUCAUACAUCACUCUCGGAGCAGUAAAAAGUGGUAUAUAAGCCCAGAAAGGAGACUCAGAGUGAAGUGUCUGUAUUUGCAUGUGACGAUUAACAUGUGUGGUGGAGCCAAAUGAAGCGCUGAUGAACAUGGUAAUCAUUCUUUUUUUAAUUAAAACUAUGAGGAUGAAUUGUACUGUGAGGUUGCGGGGCAUGAAAGUGAAGAGGCUUUGCAGGACUCUAAGCAAACUCACUAAAAUGGUGGGAUGAGAACAUGCACAAAGGCCACAAUCUGCCUCCUGAUUAAGAUGACUCACUUCCCUAAAUCCUAACAAAUAUUUAAGCAAAAGCCCCCAGUUAUUGCAGCUACCCAGAAUGGAUUACUCACUGUUUGCGGUAGUGCUGCAGGGUGUGAAGGGAGGCAUGGUGCUGUCAGUGCUGUUUUCUUCCCCUUCUGCCUGUGCUCUCAUCCAUGUGCUCUUGGGGAUGCAGGAAUGCCUGCAUGUGGCUGGAACAGCCAAGAGAGCUCUGCUCAUGCCAGCGUGGAGGCUGUUUGCUGCAGCAGUUCUUCUGCUGAGCCCCAGCUUUGUUUUCACUUUUUUUUUCCCCAAACUUAUUUAUGUUUUCCCAACAUAGCUGCACCUUCC